AAAAGGGAGACUGCAACCAAAAAAUCAGGAGAUUGAGACUUGGAAGGGCAGCCAUGAAAGGAACUAGAAAAGAUCCUUAAGGAUAAGGAUGUGUCAUGGGGAACCAAGAUCAAGAUAAUUCGUACUGUAUUGCCUAUUACUAUGCAUAGAAGUGAAAGUUGGACAAUAAAAAGUAUGAUGGCUCAGCCUGAUUCAGACUAUAAGGAAGAGGCGUCUCUGAAGGAAGAUUUAAAGUUCUAUUUUAUGAAUCCAUGUGAAAAAUUCCGAGCCAGACGUCAAAUACCAUGGAAACUGGGGCUGCAGAUAUUGAAGAUAGUUAUGGUUACUACACAGCUAAUCCUUUUUGGUUUGAGUAAUCAGUUAGUUGUUUCCUUCAAAGAAGAGAAUACAGUUGCAUUCAAGCACCUGUUUCUGAAAAACUACUCUGGUGUUGAUGAAGAUGACUACAGCUGUAGUGUGUACACACAGCAAGACGUUUAUGACAGCAUCUUUUUUGCAAUUAACCAGUACCAGCAACUGAAAAAUAUAUCCCUGGGUACUCUUGGUUAUGAGCAAGAUGAAGAUGAACUAGCAGGCCUGCAGAUAUGUAAACAGCAAUACAGGAAGAGCCAAAUUCUUCCUUCUAAUGACACACUGAACAUAGACAGUACUAUUGAAACAGAAUGUAUCCUCCUAGAGCCACAAGUACUGGCUAAUAAGGAAAUGAGUGAUUUGAAGAAUUCAUCAUUUUUCAGCCUUGAAUUUUAUAGGCUCAUAGAAGUUGAAAUUUCUUUUAAACUAAAAGGUAUUGAUCUACAAACUAUUCAUGCCCGAGAACUUCCUGAUUGCUAUGAAUUUCAGAAUACAAUCACUUUUAACAAUAGAGCCCACAGUGGUAAGAUGAAAAUAUUUUUUGAUACUGAUGCUGAUAUUCAGGAAUGCAAAGACUUGAACAUAUCUGGCUCUAUUCAGAAAAACACACAAUAUAUCUUGGUUUUUGAUGGGUUUGUCAUUGUGAGCUGCUUUGCUUCCCUUAUUCUCUGCACACGAUCAAUUGUUCUUGCUCUGAAACUCCAAAAAAGAUUUGUGAACUUUUUCCUGGAGAAAUAUAAACGCCAUGUGUGCAGUGCAGAUCGCCUGGAAUUUAUAAAUGGGUGGUAUGUCCUGGUAAUUAUCAGUGAUAUGAUGACUAUUAUUGGCUCUAUAAUGAAAAUGGAAAUAAAAGCCAAGAACCUUACAAGCUAUGAUGUUUGCAGCAUUUUGCUUGGUACUUCUACCUUAUUUGUUUGGGUUGGAGUCAUCCGAUACUUAGGCUACUUCCAGACUUAUAAUGUACUCAUUUUAACUAUGCAGGCCUCAUUACCUAAAGUUCUAAGAUUCUGUUGUUGUGCUGGGAUGAUAUACCUUGGUUAUACUUUCUGUGGUUGGAUUGUUCUAGGACCAUAUCAUGAAAAGUUUGAAGAUCUGAACACAGUAGCAGAAUGUCUGUUUUCUUUGGUCAAUGGAGAUGAUAUGUUUGCGACAUUUGCUCAAAUUCAUCAAAAGAGUACUUUGGUGUGGCUGUUCAGUCGGCUCUACUUGUAUUCCUUCAUUAGCCUCUUCAUUUAUAUGAUCCUUAGCCUUUUUAUUGCACUCAUUACAGACUCCUAUGACACCAUAAAGAAAUACCAAGAGAGUGGUUUUCCAGUGACAGAUCUUCAUGAAUUGCUAAAAGAAUGUGACAGUGAAGAGUACAGCUUAGGACCACAGACACCCAUGAGCUUCUGUUGCUGUAGAAGAGUUUCAUGGCUCCAGACUGGCAUCGGAGGAAUUACCAUUGUUGCUCUAUGCUGAUGAUUCAGUCCUUAUUUUCUAAACAAAGAUUGGCCUGAAGAGACUAUUGAGAUGUUUUUCAAAUUAUUGCCUAGAUGGAGACUUGAAAUAAAUUACAACAAAUCUAAAAUUUUGUUUUUUCCCAAAAUUAACCAUUUAGAUCUCUCCAGAUUGACUGUAGCAAAUUUUGAUAUUCUUAUAUAACAAAAAAGGUUUUGUGAUUUAGGAAUUGUUUUCAAACUUGUCUUGGCUGCCCCAGAGUAAGUUUGCAUUGAAUAAGAUUAAGCCUAUGGCUGGAGCAGUAUCUUGCUUCUUUUUUACUGGUGGGGGGGAGAGAUUCCAGGUACAAUUCAGGUAUUAUCCCCUUUGCCAAUUUAUAUGUACGGCGGUGGUGGUGAAGAGUGCCCUCAAGUCACAGUUGACAUAUGGCCACCCCUGGUGGGGGUUCUCAUGGCAAGAGAUUAACAGAGGUAGUUGGCAUUGCAACCUUGGUCUCCGUUGGAGGUCGCCCAUCUAAUUACUAACCAAGGCUGACCUCCGAGAUCUGACGAGAUCAGGCUCACCUGAACUAUCCAGGUCAGGGCAUAUGUAUGAUAAUAGAUGCCAAAAUGUGUAAACUCUUGUUGAAAUUUGAGACAGAGGAAGAGCAAGUGAAAGAAUGUAUGAUUAAAUGGGCAAAAAAAUUCAGAUACGAUAUAGUAUUGGAACAAUAAGAAAACACAGUCAAAAUGGUUAAAAUUUACAUUAAGCUCCAUUCAUAAGAAUUUUUAUGAUGUCUCGUUGGUAUAUGACUCCUGAGAAACUGGCUAGAAUGUACAAGGAUUCUUUGAAUUUAUGCUGGAAAUGUUCUCAACAUGAAGGAUAAUUUUAUGUGCCAGACCUGUAAGAAAGCAAAGGGAUUUUGGACACAAAUACAAUGAUUAAAUCAGAAGGUUUUAAAGAUUAAAAUACAAUUGAAACCAAAGACAUUAUGUUGGGAAUGAUGGUUAACCAGUUGGAAAGAUGCUACGAAACUUUGUUUUUAUAUAUGAUCAUGGCAGCAAGACUAUUAUAUUCAUUAUAUAAAUUGGAAGAGUCCAACAGUGCCUGCACUGGAUGAAUAGCAGAUAAAAGUGAUAGAAUUAGCAAAGAUGGCAAAACUUACUUCAUUGAUCAGAGAGAAGACAAUAUGUUUGUUUGUUGUAGAAUGGAAACUCUUAUUGAAUUUGUACAUGAAAUAGACAAUGAUUUGAUGACUUGUGGAUUUAUGGAUAAACAGUGCAAUCCUAAACAGUUAUUCCAGUCUAAGCCCAUUGAUUUCAGGAGGCUUAGACUGGAGUAACUCUGCUUAGGAUUGCACUGUAAGGAAUGUAUUAUUAUCAUCAUUAUUAUUAUUUAUUCGAUUCUCCCCACAAGCAGGCUCAGCGUGGAUCACAGCCAGUUAAAACAAAAUACUACAAUAUAAACAAUAUGGACAAUUAAAACUGGUAGCAUUAAAAUAUUUAGAUUAUUAGAAAAAAGAACUUUUAUUUUUAAGACAGAGUAAGAGAAAAUUUGAAAAUAUUAAUAUUUGUUUCAGAGAAAAUUAGAAGCCUCCUUUUAGUUUAUAUAGGUUUUUCUUUCCCUUCUAUGUUUAUUUUGUGUUCUCUUUGUAUGGUUUGUUAUUUUUGUGUAAUUGUAUCUUUAUUUUUUUCCUUUUUUAUUAUAUAUAUGUACGAUAAUAGCAAUUCCUCAGUGUGUCUCAAAUGUAUCUGUUAGGGCUGAAUUAGGCCAAAAGUCGCUGGAAGCUAGAGCAUGGCUCAGUGCUUUUAAUUUAAGAAUAAAGAC